AUGGCUGAUGGGCGCCCGCUACGACGAGGACAAUACCUUGGCUUUCUUGACGUGGCUCCUUCGGGCGUCGAAGGCUCACCUGGCGAUGACUGUAUUUACGAGGCUCAGAUAUCGUGUUGUGUGGCAGGACUGGACGACUCUUCCUGGAUCGGCUACGCUUGUGUCGAUACAUACCACGACGGCUGCCAGAACGAUGAGAGAGUCACCGAAUACGAUGCCCGAGCAAGCAUUCCAGGCCAGGCACCCAUGGACCCGUUGAGUGGAGGAGUACUUCCAGCAGACCGCCCGCUAUGGAGUCCAAGGAUGUACUUCCUCCGAGUGUUGGAGUCGCGGGUUGAGCAAGUCAAGCAUGAGUGGUUCAACGUGACCCAGGACUAUCAGGUCUCCAAGCAUGUAUAUCUCUCACCCAACGCUGAGAACAGAGGGGAACGGUUGAAGCGAUUUCACGAUUGGACAGGAAGCACGAUUCGCCUGCUUCUGGAACUUAUACACGCCCUAUCAAAGACAGUCCACGCACUGGAUCGGUUCCUGAAUCGCGAUGUCGGGUACUUCCUAGAUGCCAAUGUUCCUAAGGAUGUACCAUCGCCAGUUCUGUGUCUAUCGGCCAUAACCAAGCACGUUGAGGAGAUGAGAGAUCAGUUGCGAGCUCUUGAGUACCAGGAGAAGGUCUGCAACAACAUCUCCAGGGAGCUUGAGUCAUACCUCGCGCUCGAGGAUCGCAACUCAACUGUGAUCCAGCUUCGGACGAACGAGAACGUCAAAGCCAUCACAAUCCUGGCACUGCUUGUCACGCCUCCUGCCGUCGCCGCGGCCAUCUUCAGCAUGCAGGCCGGCGUGCUUCCCUGGCAGCCUAGUAUGCUCGGCUGGGGAAUAACGACGGCAAUACUGUAUGUCAUAGUCGGCCUGGUACUCCGCUUCCUCCUGGACUGGUCGCUUGCGAAAACAGACCGAGCACUUCAAGCACAGUCGAAUUUAUCGAACAGAGGUGGUCGAAGAUCAUGCGACUGGUGGCCGUGGCGCAAGCGCAGGCGCAGGGGAUUCGGUAUUGACCCGUCGAUUUCUGUUCGCAGAAGUAGUGUGGGAAGCUAUAACGAUGGUAUGGAAUUGAGUCAAAUUGGGAGUCGUGCAGAGGCCGCGAGCUUUGCCUAG